AUGUCGUCCUGCUGCAAAUCCGGCUUCAAUUGGCACGGCACUCCAACCGGAUCCGAGUCCAAGGUGGGAAACACAAACACCAAAGCCUACGUAACCGGCGACAAUAAAGAUGCCGCCGUUAUGAUCAUCCACGACAUCUACGGAUGGACAUUUCCCAACCUCAGAUUACUGGCGGACCACUUCGCGAAAGAGGCAAACGUCACCGUCUACCUGCCCGACUUCUUCGACGGCGAGGUCAUUCCUCCAGAUACACUCACCGACCCUGAAAAACGCGCAAAGUUCGACACCAUGGCCUUCAUCGGCAGGCACAGUAAGGACAAACGCUGGGACCAGAUUCUGGAGGCUGCCAAAGCCUUGAAAGCGAAUUACAAAAAGACUGCCGCCAUCGGAUACUGCUAUGGUGCCUGGGCCUGUUUCAGACUCGGCGCCGACCCCUCUGUUAUCGAUGCUAUCAGCAUGGCGCACCCGUCGCUUGUCGAGAAGACGGAGAUUGAUAAUGUGAAGGUGCCGGUGCAGAUUCUGGCUCCCGAGCACGAUCCGAUGUUUACACCUGAACUGAAGGAGCACGCGAAUAAGGUUAUUCCCACCAUUGGUGUCCCGUAUGAGUACGUUUACUUCCCAGGUCUGACGCAUGGCUUCGCGGCCAAGGGUGAUGAGAAGGACCAGAAGCAGAAGGAUGGCUUGGAAAGGGCGAAGAACUCGGCUGUCGGCUUCUUUAAAGAGUUUUUGCAUUCUUCGUAG